GUACGCAUUACUCUGCUCGGAGUAAAACAAUACCGAGUUGAAAGUGAAGUACCCAAGAAAAGGACAUUACUCCCGAUUCAGAUCAAAACGUAAUUCCCAAACCCGCACCAAAUGCAUAUGCGCGCUGGCUGAAGUUGAUUCAAGCAUACGGAAACCUUUCCUCGCUCGCGUCUUCACCAAACAAUACUCAAUUCAUUCACUCAUCUAACUUGUCGGUAGCCCCUCAAACCACACACUUCAGGUGUUCGUUUUUUUGUCACAGAGAAAAAAAGUAAAUGAUUAAGCUCAACGCAAGUCAAUGACGAAGUGAAGAAUCCAAGACUUGAAAUUUUCAGCAAUCUAAGCCACCGACUGGUGAAGAAUCCGCCGAAAUGUUGGUUCAAGAUCGGAACUCUUCGCCGCCGGAAUCUCCCCGGCAGUCGAGAUUUAUCAGAGAUAAAGCCGCUUCAUUGCCCCGAACUCGCUUUGCUGACACCAAGAACCUCGAUUUCUCGGUGUGGGCUUCGGAGAAUCUGUAUAAAAUCCUUUCUUUUUCCCUCCUCAUCCUUACCGUCGUUGGCCUCUUUUACCUCCGCAAUUUCGCCGAUGUCACUUCUACCCUGCUCUGUAUGCAGACCGUCCAGACCAAAUCCAUUAAAACCGAGUUGCCUAAAAUUAACUGGAAGAACAUCCCUGCUAUCCGAGAUAGCUCUUCUCCCUUCUCGAAUUUCCGGUCAGAGAAGUGGAUCGUUGUCUCUGUGUCACAUUAUCCUUCCGAUUCACUGGAGAAGCUCGUAAGGUUAAAAGGUUGGCAAGUCUUAGCUGUGGGGAAUUCAAAGACCCCCAAAGACUGGAGUCUUAAAGGUGCAAUUUACUUGUCUCUGGAGAUGCAAGCUCAGUUGGGGUUUAGAGUAGUGGAUUUUCUCCCUUAUGAUUCAUAUGUCAGAAAAACUGUUGGGUAUUUGUUUGCCAUACAGCAUGGUGCUAAAAAGAUAUUCGAUGUUGAUGAUCGCACUGAUGUGGUCGAUAAUGAUAUCGGGAAACACUUUGAUGUUGAAUUGGUUGGGGAGGCUUCAAGGCAAGAGGUCAUUUUGCAAUAUAGUCAUGAGAAUCCCAAUAGAACUGUUGUCAACCCUUAUAUACAUUUUGGACAAAGGUCUGUUUGGCCAAGAGGUUUGCCCCUGGAGAAUGUUGGUGAUAUCGGGGAUGAGAAGUUCUACACUGAGGUAUUUAGCGGGAGACAGUUCAUUCAGCAGGGAAUUUCAAACGGUUUACCUGACGUGGAUUCGAUUUUCUAUUUCACUCGGAAGUCAGGACUGGAACCUUUUGAUAUUAGGUUUGACGACCAUGCUCCUAAACUGGCAUUACCUCAAGGUAUAAUGGUUCCAGUUAACUCUUUCAAUACCAUUUUUCAAUCAUCAGCAUUUUGGGGUUUGAUGUUGCCAGUUUCAGUCAGUAGCAUGGCUUCUGACGUGUUAAGAGGGUAUUGGGCACAAAGAAUGUUGUGGGAAAUCGGUGGGUAUGUUGUGGUAUACCCUCCCACAAUAUACCGAUAUGAUAGAACAGAGGCAUACCCCUUUUCGGAAGAGAAAGAUCUACAUGUGAACGUGGGUAAACUAAUUAAGUUCUUAAUAUCUUGGAGAUCACACAAGAAUGGUUUAUUUGAGAAGAUUCUGGAGUUGAGUUAUGCAAUGGCUGAGGAAGGGUUUUGGACAGAGAGAGACUUGGAGUUCACUGCCGCUUGGCUUCAAGAUUUGCUAGCUAUUGGUUACCAGCAGCCUCGACUGAUGUCUCUUGAAUUGGACCGACCAAGGGCAAAUAUUGGCCAUGGCGAUAAGAAAGAAUUUGUUCCUCAAAAGUUGCCAUCUGUGCAUCUUGGAGUUGAGGAAAUUGGGACUGUUAAUUAUGAAAUUGGAAACUUGAUUAAGUGGAGGAAGAACUUUGGAAAUAUUGUGCUUAUAAUGUUUUGCAGCGGGCCUGUUGAACGUACUGCUUUGGAAUGGAGAUUGUUGUAUGGAAGGAUAUUUAAGACAGUAAUUAUACUGUCAGGGCAGAAGAAUUCAGAGCUUGCUGUUGAAGAAGGACAGCUGGACUACAUUUACAGGUUUCUGCCUAAGAUGUUCGAUAGAUACACCAGUGCUGAAGGCUUUCUGUUUCUUCAGGAUGACACUAUCCUUAAUUAUUGGAACUUGCUGCAAGCGGACAAGUCUAAGCUCUGGAUCACUAACCAGGUACUUGCAACCAGAAAUUUAAUCAAUCUGUUAAAUGUCUUUGUUGCAUGACAAAGACACUCAGGCUGAAUAGUUGUUGUUUUGUGAACUUGUGAUGUUAUUCUGAAACAAAAUAAGUAGAUAUAUAGCUUCUGAAAUGAGUCAGUUCCACGACCCCAUGAUUAAUUGUAGGAAUUCUUCCGCACACCCUUAAAACCAAUUCUUCUAAUUUUAGGCUCUUAAAACAACAAGAUCAGUCUUUAAAAAGCUCAAACAUGCACCAUCUGAGACGACUGAGAGCUUGGUUGGAAACCUGCAAUUUCAGUUUUUGUUUUUUUAAUAGAAAUUCCAGUUUUUUAAACUUUAGUCCUAUUAUGAACAUUCUGUUUUUAUAACUCCUUUAUGCAAGAUUUCAACUGUUAAGUUGGAACAUUGUAGCUUGUGCUUAUUUUUCAACAGCUUAUUUUUUCUUUCAGGUGUGUACUUGGAAAAAAUUGACUGUGAUUACAAUCGACUAUAACCACGAUUGGUUAAUUAUUAAAAUAAUCUAAUUUUUCAGCUAUCCAGAGACUCGUAGCAGUGUAUUUAGUAGUAACUCUUAGAUGGGAAUAUAUGGUUCUUUUGUUGUUGUCCACAAAUUGUUCUCUCUUAUAAAUUCUAUCGUGCAAACAGCUAAUUUGUGUGUGAGAGUAACUUCAUUUCAAAUGCACUCAGGUAUCGAAAUCUUGGACCUCUGCUUCAGUUGAUGGUAGUUCUGAAUGGCUAUCUAAGCAAGCCGGCCUGGUCAAGAAAACUGUAGACACAAUGCCGGUUCACUUUCAAGUCAACUACAAAGCAUCAGGGGAAAAUGACAGGACCCUCACCUUAUGUGAAUCUGAGGUCUUCUACAUCCCUCGACCCUUUGUAACCGAUUUUACAGAUCUCGCGAAUCUAGUAGGUGAACUUGAAAUCCAUUACAAGGUUGCAAUACCUAUGUUCUUCAUGGCAAUGGACUCGAUGAAGAACUUCGAUCCGGUGUUAAAUUCAAUGGUUUAUAAGGAAAACCAGCCUAACAAUUCAACAUUUUAUUCUGCUGAAGCGCCCGCGGUUCGGCCGUGGACAGUAUCAAGUGAGCAAGAGUUCAUUAAACUGAUAAAGGUUAUGGCGGCAGGUGACCCUCUGCUAAUGGAGUUGGUGUGAUUGCAACUUCGAAACAUCUUAGAAUGAAAGUGGAAAAGUAGAGUGCAGAUAUGAAUUGUUCUGUAAUUCUUUGUAGAGUUAUCUUGUUCUGCGUUAUUGUUUUGUUGUUUUGUUAUAGGUUCAUCAACUUCAAUUGUACACAGUGAAUUGUGACAGAGUAUAUGAUUUCCAGAUUUCUGUAGUUUUUUAAUGAUGCUUUUUCGAAAGUCCUGGAAAAUCAUUGUCUCUAGUAUGAAGUCUAGAGAAGUGGUUUCAAAAGUCAUACUCCGGGACUAUUUCCCACUUCAAAGCUUUUCUUCUUUUACAUGUUUCUCUUUCCUCCUCUUCUUUUGCGUGUGCGAGUGAGGGUGUUUGGUUAGGACUCUAUCAGCCAGUUUUUGGUUGAUUUGAUUAUUAAAUGACUUUUUAA